GCUGCCAUCUUUCACAGUGAAUGUAAAUGCUCCUCACAUAACAGAGCCUGUUUUUUGAAAAAGGUGGCAGCACUAAGAUGUGUUUUGAAUUUACCGUAUGUUCAAUUCAUGUUGGCGUCAUUUUGAUUGUGUUUUGAAAUAAAAAGAAUAAGAUUAUAAGACCAACAUAAAAUACAAACGUGACCAUGGAUUUCAUCACAAAGUCAGCAAUAUUGGCGACGACCAGUGAGCACUUUGAUAAGCUGUACAUUAAGUGGUCGCAUAUGUUCGACUCCGAAUAUUGCGAGGAGUUGAUGCACAAGUUGAAGGAGCGCGUGCGCAACUUUUACACAGACUUGUUGACAGAAUCGGAUAUGAAGGAGAGGCUGAUUAGGGAUGGGAUUCGUGCACUGCGAGAGGAGGCCUCAGAGGUGAGACGACUGCUGCACAAGAGUGUGGAGGAUAUUGGAGAGAUGCCAGAGGACAUGCCACUGACUGUCUGGCAACAACGACUGGACGACAGUAUCGAGCAUCUGCGUGAGGAGCUGCGUCAGCGUCGUGCUGAGAUCUGUGAGUUGCUGCUGCAGCAGAAGCAGUUGUGUGAUGAGCUGGGCGAGUUGCCGCUGCCUCUGUUGGCCGAUCCGCUGCCCAAGCCGCAGGAGAUGAUUGCCUUUUCGGAGCACCUGACGCGUUUGCGGGCAGAGCGGACACGUCGCAUGGAGGAGCUGUCCCAGUUGCGCAGUCAGAUCAAGCAGGACAUGAAGGUGCUGGAGUUGAUACCACAGACAGCUGCAGACGAGCAGUUGCUGAGUCCGGCGAAUCAGUGUCUGACUCCGGAUAUCUUUGAGUGUCUGCGUUUCAUGCAACAGGAGUUUCGGGCGCAGGUUGUGGAGCUGCAUGAACGCAUUGAUGAUAUGAGGCAGAAGAUUCAUGUGCUGUGGGAUCGCCUUCAAGAGACGGAUGAGUUUGGCAUGCGGCGUGUGCGUGAAGCUACGGCGUAUACGCAGCGCACUUACGAUGUGCUCCAUGAGGAGCUGCAGCGCUGUCAGCAGUUGCGUAGCCAGAACCUCAAGACGUUCAUUGAGCGGUUGCGGCUGGAGAUCAGCAAGUGGUGGGACUUGACACUCAAGUCGGAGCAGGAGCGCAAGCGGUUCUCCAACUAUUACAACGAUUGCUACAACGAGGAUCUGUUGGAGUUGCACGAACUGGAGCUGGAUGAUCUGAAGAUGUACUACAAUAACAACAAGGAGAUAUUCGAGUUGUUCGCCAGUCGGGCUGAGUUCUGGGCACGCAUGGAGGCCUUGGAGGCGAAGGCCAACGAACCCAAUCGAUUCAACAAUCGCGGUGGUCAGCUACUGAAGGAGGAACGCGAACGGAAGGCGAUCGGCAGCAAGCUGCCAAAAAUUGAGCAACAGAUCACGGAGCUGGUGCAAGCGUAUGUGUUGCGCACUCGUUCGCCAUUUCUGGUACAUGGCGAGAACAUCUUGGAGCACAUGGCCAGCGACUGGGUGCGUCUGCGUCAGGCCAAGGAGCAGCAGAGCUCUGCCCGCAAGCAUGCUCCAUCCGGCAACGGCAAGAUGUUGCCACCUGGUGCUGGUGCAACUGCUCCCCGUACGCCUUUGUCGCUAAGAAACGCAUCCGCAAUGUCGGCUUCAACGAUGUCGUUGCGGAGAACUCCGUCCAAUUGGCAGCUGGCUGCCAUGACAAGUUCAACGGCCAAGAGCACAGGAAAUCUGCACAAGAGGAAGCUACAAAAUGGUGACAGUCACAAACCAGAGACUCCGCAUGCUAAGCGAAAUCUAAUGAAGACGCUGUCGGCAUUGAAAGCAUCUCCGACCGUACGAAAGCCAAGUCACCGCCUGCAGCCCGUCCAGCCCAAGGCAGCGGGCAAGUCUCCGAUGAAGAAGGUGCGCGUACUGGCGGACACAAUGCGUCGCAGUUCAGGUGUGGGAAGACGCAGCAUGGGUCUCCACUCGGCCAAGAAGGCGCGCAGCAAGGCUCCGGUACCAGAGAUUCGCAUUAGAGGACCAUCGGACGAGGACGAGGAGAAUGAUGGCUUCGAAACCGAUGACACAUACGAUUCAUUCGAGAAUCGAAUCCAAUCUGCUGCGCGCUCUUCCAUUUUACCACCGCAAAUAGGUUCGUCCAUCCGUCCAUUAAAACUAAGAAAGCGCUUAUAGAUUAUUGGAUAAUCAUUUUACUGAAAGUACUUAUUUUUCUGUUUAAUUGUAAUAUUAAUUAUAAAUAACUAUUUGAAAUAAAAAUCUACA